AUGACAGAGACCCUUGAGUUUUACUUGUCGGAAGCUGCUCUUUCUGUGGUUACCUUGUUUCUUUUUACAGCCAAGUUCCAGAUGGCUCAACAGUGCUUCCAAGGUCAAUAUUUUGAUGGUUUGCUUCAUUCUUGCAAACCUUGUUACCUACGAUGUUCCAAUACCCCUCCUCGAACCUGUCAGCGUUACUGCAAUGCAAGUCUGACUAAUUCCACCAAGGGACCCAGUGUGAUUUUCUGGGCCUGUCUAGGCCUGUGCCUGAUGGUUUCUUUGGCCAUUUUCGUGCUGAUGUUCUUGCUCAAAAAGAUGGGUGCUGAACUACUAAAGGACAAAUUCAAACACACAGGACCAGCUCUCCAGGAUGUGGCUAACGUGGACCUGGACAGCAGCAAGACUGGGGUUGAAAUUGCCCUUCCGAGCGGCCUGGGCUACACUGUGGAAGAAUGCACCUGCGAAGACUGUGUCAAGAGCAGACCCAAGGCCGAUUCCGACCACUUGUUGCCCCUACCAGCGAUGGAGGAAGGCACGGCUAUUCUUGUCACCACAAAAACCAGUGACCAUACCAAUAGCCUGCCAGGUGCUGCAAGUGUCAACACUCCCCGCCCCCCGACCCCAUUGCCUUAG